GACCAACGACACCCACUCCUCCGUCCGACCUAAGCUUCUUGGUUUGGACAAGCAUUAGAAGGGUGCAGGUGAUGCAGCCUCUCCUGCGACGCCAUCUCAGCGGAUUAUUUCCCUUUACCUCUCAACCAGCCUGCCACCUUUGUCUCAAAACCCUGCCUGCAUUUAUUCAACCCAACGCACGCUCGGCCCCAACGACGAAGUUCCUUCUCUACCUCUCGCCGUGGCACCCUAUACAUAACUUGGACGCCGUCCCCGUCCCCGCCAGCAUCCAUACUCUCACUCAGCCUUCCACCCAAAAGACCCCGAGUCUGACCUCCCGCGACGUGUCUCACGACCACAGUCCCCCGGCCAUUCCCAAAUUUUCUCUUUUGGAAGCGGACUCGCGGCCCAAAAACCUGGCCCUUCUUGCGGCUCUCUUCGUCGAUCGACUAUGGGUUGUCGGCGAUCGACGUAGCACUUGCUUGUCGAGGCCAUCCACUACCCUCAGGAGGAGAACGGCAGAAACUGCCAGGGCUGGACAAGAUGUCCGCCGUCAAAGAUCAGACAGCUACCUCGCUGGACCAGCACAUCAAAGAGAUCAGGAAUCGAAACUAUGAUGAAAAUCAAAGGAAACGGGCCGCGCGCCAAAUCAGAGACCUGGUAAAUGCUGCCAAGCAGGAGAUGGGUGCCGAACAGUUCCAGCGCUUCUUCGAUAAUGUCAAUCAGCGUACGAAUCUAUUGAUACAAGGUCCCGAUACGUAUGACCGUCUUGGUGGAAUCUACAUCCUGGAUGCGUUGGUCGAUUUUGACGGCAUAGAACCAGCCUUGAAGUACACCCGCUUCCAGAACUACAUUGGCAGCAUCCUGCGUGGCCGCGAUAUCAACUCCAUGCAGCCGGCCGCUGUCGUCCUUGGAAAACUAUGCAAGCCAGGCGGUUCCUUGAUUUCCGAACUGGUCGAUUCCGAAGUUCAAACAGCGCUUGAGUGGCUACAGUCUGACCGAAUCGAGGAACGGCGGUACUCGGCAGUCUUGGUGCUUCGCGAGCUGGCCAGAAACACGCCUACGUUGAUGUACAACUAUGUGGGCUACGUCUUUGAACAGAUUUGGAUUGGCCUUCGUGACUCCCGUCUCUUGAUUCGCGAGACUGCCAGCGAGACCGUUAGCGCCUGUUUCAAAAUCAUUCGUGAGCGAGACCAGGAGCUGAAGAAGGACUGGAUGGAUAAGAUGCUCAACGAGGCGAUCAAGGGGCUCAAGAUCAACACGGUUGAGUUUAUCCAUGCCUCGCUUCUUGUGCUCAAGGAGCUGCUUGAACAGGGUGGCAUGUACAUGCAGGCUCACUACCAAGAGGCCUGUGAGAUUGUCUUCCGCCACAAAGACGCGCGCGAUCCCGCCAUCCGCAAGACGGUUGUGCUUUUGAUCCCGGACCUGGCCAACUAUGCACCGACAGAGUUCUCGGCGAGCUAUUUGCACAUGUUUAUGGUGUAUCUUGGGGGCAUGCUGAAGAAGGACAAGGAGCGCAACGACGCCUUUCUUGCCAUUGGCAACAUCGCCAACUCGGUCAAGAGCGCAAUCACACCCUAUUUAGACGGCGUUCUCAUCCAUAUUCGUGAGGGUCUCAGUGUACAGUCCCGGAAACGAAGCUCGGUCGAUCCUGUUUUUGACUGCAUCAGUCGAUUGGCCGUCGCCGUGGGUCAGACAAUGAGCAAGUAUAUGGAGGCGCUUCUUGAUCCCAUUUUCGCCUGCGAGCUUACGCCAAAACUGACACAGGCCCUUGUCGAUAUGGCGUUCUACAUCCCCCCAGUCAAAGCCACCAUUCAAGAGCGCCUGUUGGACAUGCUGAGCAAAGUUCUCUGCGGAGAACCCUUCAGACCUCUGGGUGCACCCCAUCCAAACUCGCUCGCUUCCAUACCUCAUAUUCCCAAAGACCCAAAGGACCCCCUUGCUCACCAGCGGACAAAGGAUGAAGUCAAGUUGGCCCUCAACACGCUCGGCAGCUUUGAUUUUCAAGGCCAUGUCUUGAACGAAUUCGUCCGUGACGUCGCUAUCAAAUACGUCGAAGAUGAUGACCCAGAAACACGUGAGGCUGCUGCCCUCACCUGCUGCCAGCUCUAUGUGCGUGACCCAAUCGUCAAUCAGACAAGCUAUCAUGCCCUCCAGGUGGUCGCCGAUGUCAUCGAGAGACUCCUGACUGUGGGUGUUUCGGAUCCCGAACCCAAAAUACGGCAGACGUUGCUAGCAGCCCUUGACGAGCGAUUUGACCAGCAUCUCGCCAAGGCUGAGAAUAUACGCACCUUGUUCUUCGCGCUCCACGAUGAACAGUUUGCCGUCAGGGAGGUGGCCGUGUCCAUCAUAGGCCGGUUGGCUCGCCACAAUCCCGCCUAUGUUAUCCCCCAGCUGCGAAAAACCAUCAUUCAGAUGUUGACAGAGCUUGAAUACACAGAUGUGGCUCGGAGUAAGGAGGAAAGCUCGAGAUUACUCAGUCUUCUCACACGGCACGCUCAGGAGCUGGUUAAACCAUACGUCAACUCCAUCACCCAAGUGUUGCUGCCAAAAGCUCGCGACCCGAUCCCGUCCGUUGCUGCGACUGUCCUCCAAGCACUCGGGGAACUGUGCACCGUUGGUGGAGGAGAGAUGCUAAACUACAAGAAGGAUCUCAUGCCCAUCAUCAUUGACGCAUUGCAGGAUCAAAGCGCACCAGUUAAACGGGAGGCAGCCCUGCAUACCCUCGGUCAGCUGGCCAGUAACACAGGCUAUGUCAUCAAACCCUACCUCGAGUAUCCCCAACUUCUUGAGAUUCUGCAGUCCAUCAUCCGGGGCGAGCCUCAGCGUGGGCUUUUACGACAGGAAACCAUCAAGGUGAUGGGCAUCCUGGGAGCACUCGAUCCCUACAAAUAUCAGGUACAGCGCAACUGUUCUUUUGUUCCCCUUCGCCACGCCCAUUUCAGCGCAUUGUCCUCUGCUACUCCAACCAUGGAAGACUCGGAUGAUUCGGACGACGAGAACGACAACGUCGCCCUCUUUCUCGGACCGUACUCCCCUCCUGAAGUGGUUGAAAAGCAGAAACGCAAAGUAACGUCGAAAAACAAGGCUAAAACUCCAGAACAGCAGGUCGAAGAUCGCGCCCCGCGCACACAGAAGCAAACCGAAGCAACCCAACUAACUGAUGUGUCCCUCAUGAUGAGCGGACUAACCCCUUCACAGGAGGACUACUACCCAACCGUUGUUAUUAAUGCCCUUCUCCAGAUCCUCAAAGACCAGUCGUUGGUGCAGUGGCACGGAAACGUGGUGGAUGCCAUCAUGAGCAUCUUCAUCACGCUUGGGCUCAAGUGUGUCCAGUUCCUCGACCGUGUGGUGCCUGCCUUUAUCGCCGUGAUCCGCGCCUCGAGCCAAACGCGACUCGACUUUUAUUUCAACCACCUUAGUAGGCUUGUUGGAAUUGUCCGUCAGCAUAUCAGGGUCUACCUCCCGGACAUCAUCGAGGUUCUCCAGGAGUAUUGGGACACGACAUAUUCGCUCCAGACGACCAUCAUGUCGUUGAUUGAGUCCAUUGCACGCUCCCUAGAGGGCGAGUUCAAGGUCUACCUUGCCAGUCUCCUCCCGAUGAUGCUCGGCUUGCUGGAAAAGGACACCACCACCAAGCGGCAACCGACCGAAAAGAUCUUUCAUGCUUUCCUAGUGUUCGGCUCAAGCGCCGAGGAGUAUAUGCACCUCAUCAUUCCCGUGUUGGUACGUCUCUUCGACAACUCGGCCCAACCCAUGUUUCUGCGCAAGUCUGCCAUUGAAACGAUUGGCAAGCUCUCGAGCAUGGUGAAUCUCAAUGACUAUGCGUCCAAAAUCAUCCACCCCCUCACCCGGGUCCUUGCCAGCCACGAACCAAGUCUAAGAGUGGCCGCCCUCGACACGCUAUGUGCCCUCAUGUUGCAGCUGGGGCGUGAUUAUUUGCACUUUGAACACACCGUCCACAAAACCAUCUCAACAUACGGCCUCCAACACUCCAACUAUGACAAGGCCGUCGAAAAGCUCAAGAAAGGGGAAACAUUACCGCCUAACCUCGCGCCGCGCUUCGAGGACAAUGCAGUUGAGCUUCAUGCCUCUGAAAACAGCCCGCCCAAGAAGUUGGAUCUCAACCCCAUGCAUUUACGGCAAGCCUGGGAAACCAAGGGUAAGUCUACUAAAGACGACUGGCACGAGUGGUUCCGCAAGUUUAGCACGACGUUACUUUCCGAGUCCCCGAAUCACUCACUCCGAGCUUGCGCCAGUUUGGCAAACACUUAUCAGCCACUGGCAAGGGAGCUCUUCAACUCUGCCUUCGUCUCAUGCUGGAGCGAGCUGUACGAACAAUUUCAGGAGGAACUGAUCACCAACAUCGAAAAUACAAUCAAAUCCGAGAAUGUGCCUCCUGAUCUUCUGGGCCUUUUGCUGAACCUUGCCGAGUUCAUGGAACAUGAUGACAAGGCCCUACCAAUCGACAUUCGAACCUUGGGACGUGAGGCCGCAAGAUGUCACGCCUAUGCCAAAGCGCUGCAUUACAAGGAACUCGAGUUUCUUCAGGACCACAACAGUCACGCGGUCGAAGCCCUGAUUGUGAUCAACAAUCAGUUGCAGCAGUCUGAUGCCGCCAUUGGUAUCUUGACUAAGGUGAAGGCGUACAAGGACGGGAUCACGCUGCGGGAAAGCUGGUUCGAGAAGCUGGAGCGCUGGGAUGAGGCGCUUAACUUUUACUGCCAACGCGAACGCGAGCUUCCGCCUGACCAGCCCACACCGGUCGACAUCGUUAUGGGCAAGAUGCGUUGCUACCAUGCGCUGGGCGAGUGGGAUUCGCUAGCCUCGCUGGCUGGCAAGACAUGGUCAAACUCGGCACCAGAGGUUCAACGCAUGAUCGCAGGCCUUGCCACCACGGCUGCCUGGGGGCUCGGGAAAUGGGACUCUAUGGAUAACUACCUGCAGUCUAUGAAGCGAUUCUCACCAGAUCGCGCCUUCUUCGGCGCCAUCUUAGCCCUCCACCGCAAUCAGUUCCGAGAAGCCCUGGGCUGCAUCGACCAGGCUCGAGAAGGUCUCGAUACAGAGCUGAGCGCUCUCGUGAGCGAAUCCUACAACAGGGCAUACCAAGUUGUUGUGCGCGUUCAGAUGCUUGCAGAGUUGGAAGAAUUGAUCAUCUACAAGCAGUGCGAUGCUGAAAAGCAAGCCAGUUUGCGGGCAACAUGGGAGACUCGUCUCAAGGGGUGCCAGCGAAACGUUGAGGUAUGGCAGCGCAUGCUGCGACUCCGGUCGCUCGUGCUCACGCCACCAGAGAACAUGCACAUGUGGACUAAGUUCGCCAACUUGUGCCGCAAGUCUGGACGGAUGGGUUUGGCGGAGAAGUCACUGAGACAGCUUAUCGGGUCGGAUGUGCCGCUGGACACAGUGAUCCCUCACUGGCACGACCGCCCCAUAGACCCCGAUGCCGAGAGACUUGCGUCUCCGGUUCUGUAUGCAGUACUCAAGUACCAGUGGGAGGUCGGUUUGCAGCCGGCGAUGCGAAACACUGACCGAACCAUCGCCGAGAGAACGCUGUACUGCCUUCGCAAGUUCACUGACGAGACGGCCCACGGGGUAGAGAGCGCAAGACACCAACUAGCCGCCUCCACCCAGGCCGGUAACGGUGCAAUUGACGGCUUACAUCAGGCCUCUACUUUUUCCGAGUUCGACGAGGCGGCAUUACUCAGUCCGGAUGUGCAGCGUCACUGGACAGAACAAACGGUGCUGCUUGCCAAGUGCUACCUCCGCCAGGGCGAUUGGCUGAUUGCCCUGAACAAGGACGAUUGGCAAUACACACGGCGCAAAGACAUCCUCUCCUGCUACUACAAGGCCACCUAUUAUCAUCGCCACUGGUACAAGGCCUGGCAUGCCUGGGCCUUGGCCAACUUCGAAGUGGUGCAGGCCCUUGGAUCUCGCAAGGACCUAGACAGCGGCGUCAUCAUCCAGUAUGCCGUGCCUGCUGUGCAUGGCUUUUUCGAGUCUAUUUCGCUCUCUUCGGGAAGCUCUCUGCAAGACACGCUGCGUUUGCUCACACUCUGGCUUACAUAUGGUGGCAACCCCGAUGUCGCCAGUACUGUGACAGAGGGCUUCAGUCGUGUCAGCGUUGAUACUUGGCUUGAGGUCAUUCCACAGUUGAUCGCUCGCAUUACCCAACCUAACAAGAAGGUUCAGGCGUCGAUCCAUGCUCUGUUGUCUGAUGUCGGUCGUGCGCACCCCCAGGCGUUAGUCUACCCCUUGACGGUUGCCAUGAAGUCGCGACAAAGCACGCGCAGGUCCAAGACCGCCAGCCUCAUUAUGGAGACAAUCCGUCAGCACAGUUGUAAGCUGGUCGAGCAAGCAGAGACGGUGAGCCGCGAGCUUAUUAGGACCGCGGUCCUCUGGCACGAGCUAUGGCAUGAGGGUCUGGAGGAGGCUUCCCGGCUCUACUUUGGCGAUCACAAUAUCAAGGGAAUGUUUGAUGCCCUCGAGCCCCUUCACGACCUGCUCGAAAAGGGCCCUCAAACCCUCCGGGAGGUUUCAUUUACACAGACGUUCGGCCGUGAUCUGGGUGAGGCUCGCGAGUGGUGCCGGCAAUAUCGCGAAACAGAGGACGUCAAUGACCUGAACCAAGCCUGGGACCUGUACUACCAGGUUUUCCGUCGUAUCAGCCGGCAGCUUCCACAGAUGACCACACUGGAGCUGACCUACUGCUCUCCGGACCUGCUCCAGGCCAGGGACCUGGAGCUCGCGGUGCCGGGAACGUAUCGCAGCGGCCAAGAGGUUGUCCGAAUCAUGUCUUUUGACGGCACCUUUACGGUCAUCAGCAGCAAGCAACGUCCGCGAAAACUUGACAUUGUUGGAAGUGACGGUAAGACGUACACUUUCUUGCUCAAAGGUCAUGAGGACAUCAGACAGGAUGAGCGUGUCAUGCAGCUCUUCGGCCUCUGCAACACGCUCUUGGCCAACGACUCGGAAUGCUACAAGCGUCAUCUCAACAUCCAACGUUACCCGGCUAUUCCGCUGUCGCAAAACUCGGGUCUUCUCGGCUGGGUCCCAGACAGCGACACGAUCCACCAGCUUAUCCGUGAUUAUCGGGAGUCAAGAAAGAUUCUCCUUAACAUCGAGCAUCGGAUCAUGCUUCAGAUGGCGCCCGACUACGAUAACCUCACACUCAUGCAGAAGGUAGAAGUGUUUGGGUAUGCCCUUGAUAACACAACGGGUCAGGAUCUGUACCGGGUCUUGUGGCUGAAGAGCAAGAGCUCCGAAGCCUGGUUAGACAGGCGAACUAAUUACACGCGUUCCCUCGGCGUCAUGUCGAUGGUCGGGUACAUCCUGGGCUUGGGCGACCGUCAUCCGAGCAACCUGAUGCUGGACCGCAUCACGGGCAAGAUCAUUCACAUUGACUUUGGCGACUGCUUUGAGGUGGCGAUGAAGCGUGAGAAGUACCCGGAGCGGGUGCCUUUUAGGCUUACCCGCAUGCUUACUUAUGCCAUGGAGGUUAGCAACAUCGAGGGCAGCUUCCGGAUUACAUGCGAACACGUGAUGAGAGUCUUGCGUGACAAUAAGGAGAGCGUUAUGGCCGUUCUCGAGGCUUUCAUUCACGACCCGCUACUCACGUGGCGUCUUACCAACCCGGCCAGUCCCGCUGGACCACAUUUCAAUUCGGAGAGAGAGCAAGCUAUUGCCGGGCCCCAGGCAGCACGGGUGCGUCGGCCUUCCAUACUGGAGGCUCCGAUGGCCCCGACUGAGUUCCUGGCAGCACAAGCUGGUCCCGAAGGCUUGACCGGGGCGCGUAGCCGUGCGCGUACAAACUCAUCCGCCGCGCCGCUCCCAAGCAUAACCAAUGACGGUGUCCAUGGCCCCAUCGAGAUUGCGGAGGUGCAAAAUGCGCGGGCUGUCGAAGUGCUUGACCGGGUCUCCCAGAAACUCACGGGUCGUGAUUUCAAGCCGAACGAAGAGCUUCUUGUUAAAGAUCAGGUUAAUAAGCUGAUCAUUGAGGCUACCAAGCUUGAGAAUCUCUGCCAGCACUAUAUAGGGUGGUGCAGCUUUUGGUGAGGUCCAGACACAGUUUUUCUUCGUAGCUAUCACUGUUAGUAGGAGGCUUUAAACAUGGAUUGAUUUCGGGCAGGUUUUAGCUCUGUGUAUCGGUUUUCUUUGGGUGUUAAGAAGGCAGUGAGUUAUUUUGGUCACUAUUUGAGCGUGCAUGUAUGUAUCUAGCGUAGUAUCAGUUUUAUGAUACUGGUCUUGGGGGGCUGAUACGAAGGAUGAUGCUUAUGUGGUGUAUAUACAAUAGCUGUCUUGACAGCAUCUGCUUGGCAUUGCUUGGUAGUUGGACGGAAUAAUGAAAGGCCGGAUUGGUCCAUCACACAAAUGCCAAAUGUGCCUUGAGGUUUCACAUAUAUUCAGGGGCUUCCUCUCUCGACAAUGAGAAUAGUCGCUUCCCA